AUUAUUAAAAUUAAAUUUUGUUAUUUUAUACGUAAAAUUUGUUUUUUUUUUUUUUUUGUUUUAAUUUUGAAAAUGUCUCUAACAAAAGAAUUGGAUUCAAUUGACUUGGAAUUUCAGUAUUAUUGUUCUUUAUUUGAAGAAUUAUUUUGUUUGCUCCCAAAUCGAUGUCAGCAAUAUUUGGCUACGAGAUGGAAUCGUAAAUUGACCGAACCCAUUUACAAUGCGGGAGGUCUGCGGGAAAAGAGAAAUAAAUAUUUGCUAAUGUUGACUCUUUGUUUAAAUUUGGGCGUUCUCAAAUAUCCAUUUGAUAAACUUCCUCCCAGUGGAAUUCUCCCAGAUAUCUCUUCCAUUCGGAAUCCGAACAAAUCGAGUCUAGUUGGGAAAUCCACAUGUCCUACUGAAAGCCAACAGAAAACAUGUGAUUUCCAUGAAAAUGAAUGUCCAAUUGAUGAGGACAACAUUUCAAAGAUUUUGGAUAACCAGUUUGAAUUUUUAAUUCGUUUAGCUGAUCAAAAUGUUGAAAAAUUGUCAGAUAUUUCAGAUCGUCGUAGAGGACGUCAAUGGAUCAAGUUUCUUUCAUCAAUUGACACGCCAUGUUUUCAUAUGAAAGGAGUUCGUAAUGACUAUGCUAUGCUGUUGGCUGGUUAUGUUUUAAAUGAUGAACUUCCUGGACCUUUCUUACAAUCACCAAUUGAAAAACUUAUUCCUCUGGAUGAAUUGGUGAAAAUUAUUGAUAUGAAAAAUCACAUGGUUAUAGAUCCUUCGCAUCCGAAAGCGAUGAGAUUUUUAAAAGAUGUACCACAUCCUAAGGAAGGGGCAUUUGCUUUUUUAGCAGUGACUGGUAAUAUUUGUGGGGAUUCUUAGAAAAGAGGGCAAUAAAUUCGCUUUUUUUACAAGUUAAUAA